AGUGACUAAAUUGCUAUUGGUUUUCUUUACAGAUGCAAGUACUUAAGACCGUGCUUUAAGCAUAUGUUAAAAACCUUGUUACAACCGGACGAGGAUCCCUGUAUCGAAAAUGUUGCAAUAGGUGCCAGCACUGUCACAAUAUUGCUGAAAGCUUUAAGUGAGUUCUGUGGAAGUGUUAUCAAAGUGUACAGUGAUAAAACAACCUACGAAGGCAGAAAUUUAUAUGAGGUGGUGAUAAACAGUUCCCAGGCAAAGAACUCAAACACCGAGGACAAACCUGUCAUUCUGCUGGAAGCAGGCCAAGACGGCGGCACGGGACCUAUAGCGCUGGCACUGUAUAUCAUUGAGCAACUGGUGGCUUGUGGUGAACACAAACAUAUGAUCCAGAAAGUUCGAUGGGUUAUACUGCCUUCAACCAAUCCGGAUGGUCAAGAAUAUGCAAGGACUAAACGCGAACCCUGGAAGAAGAAUUUCAGUCCUAAUGGCAAAGAUGUUACAGCUAACGGCGUAGAUAUAACAAGGAACUUCGAUGAUUCAUGGGGGCAAUGCCCUCCUAUUAUACUCAAUAAUGCUUUUUCACAAGACUACUCUGGUCCUAAAGCAGGAUCAGAGACGGAAACUUCUUUUGUAACUGACAUCUUCGCGAAAUAUAGAACCAAAAUAAGAACUUAUGUCUCAAUCAGACGGGAUGGUCAUGCAUUAUUGUACCCAUUAGCUACCCGAAAUGUUUCUAUACCGUCAAUAGACCAAGUCAGCAAAAGAGCUGGUCAGAUAGCUGCAAAAGUGAAUCAGAGAGCAGGGGGGAUUCAGUGGUUUCUCAAUCAAAGUAUCUUCGUUAUGAAUGGUAAAGCACAUUGUGGACAUAGCGUGGACUUAGCGUAUAACAAGUAUGGAAUUAAGUACGCGUUUGAGAUGCGUGUCUUUCCCGAAACUGACAAUCGCAUUAUGUCGAAGUUUCAGUCUCUUCCGAAGGGCCACGAAGUAUCACUGAGGACCGGCUAUUUUAGUGGAAUCAGAGAGUUGUUCAAUUUGGUAGUUAAUGAUAAGAAUGUAUCACCGCACCCAUAAGUAUUUACGUAACACGUACUCAAGUAAAUAGGUCACUUAAUGCAUUUUGCAAGAACGAUUCGUUAUUAAAGUCUGCAAACGAAAUAUUUCAAUUGGGUCAAAAUUGUAUAGUUGUGUUGGCAUCUGUUAAGAUACAAUCUUUACUACAUAAUGGUAUAUCUAUGAUGUAGGAGUCACUUUUCCACUUUUCAGUAGGAUGUCGGUCAUGCGCAUUGGGGGCUGUGGAGGACGCCUGCGCCAGGGGUGGUGCCUGAGUCCGUUCAGCCCGCUAGCACUUCGUAGUCAGCCGAGGCGGCGGAAACACGUCUUCUCCGAACUCCUCUGAACACCUGCACUCCUAGUACCGCGAUAACUCUGCCGCCUCUCGCGUUCAAAACAUAAUAUUUUCCUUCGUUCGUUUUUUUUAUAAUUCCACUACUAUUUAAUUUCUUUAAAUUAUUUUUGGAGUGAUUUUAAGUUUUUUCGUUUUUUUUUUCAAAUAAAAAAUUUUUACUGCCAAAAAUACGUUUUGAUUGUUUUUCGUAAAAUUUGAUUUUUUAUGUGAACAAAAUAAAUCGACGAUGCUGAAUGCCAGAGGGUCGUGCAGUCGCUACCUUUUAUCGGUAAGUAAUUUUAGUAUGUUGGUCAUUUUAGGAGGUCUCAAGAGCUGUGGGGUUCCGAAGAAAUAAAACUUCGGUUGGUUCUCUCGCACCGGA